GGUACCUCUCCAGGUUCGUGGAGCAGAAGCUUGUUGUGAGUCACCUCUGCGGCUCCGGACGCAACAAAACUGUAUAAAUCAUCAGGUACACUUCAUUAUGUGCAUGUAGGUUUAAUUCAUUCGCUUCAAUCGGUUUAUUUGUCCCUUGAGGAAGGAGGAAGACGAACACUGCGAUUAAUGGCUCUGAUUUUAGUCACUUUCAUUUUGGCGUUCACCGGGAACACUUUACUAGCAGAUGGUCAGACGUGUGUGGAUGGGAGUGUCUUCAAGGAGCAGGUGCUCUAUGUGGGGCAGCAGGAGCCCCCAUACCAGCUGAUCUGCCCUCUGCAGCCACAGAGCCCCCCCUUGCCCAGGCUGACCUGGCAGAAGGAUUGCCAGCCGCUCCCCGUCCCGGAAGGGAAGGACUAUCUGGAGUUUGCCAGCCUCAGCCCGGAAGACCAGGGGAAUUACACCUGUAUGCAACAGGGCAACAGCACGUCCUCAUUCACUAUUCGCCUCAUAGUUGAGGAGUCACGGUGCUCCAAAGACCCAGAAUUUAAGCUAAAUGAGGACAGUCACUGGGAGGAUAUAGGAUCCACGGUGACACUGAACUGCACAGCUCUUCUCUUCUGGGAGCCGACAGAAGAGCACUGUGACACCACGCUGCAGUGGAAUAAAGACCACUUUCCCCUCCCCAAUUACACACAUUACUUGCUGAAUACCUCCUCAUGGUCUCCUGCAGCCGGCCAGCUGAUAGUAACCAGUCUACUGGAGAUCAACCUGAAGGAGUCUGAUGAUUUUGGGCUGUACAUCUGCACAGUUAGGAACUUUUCCUCUCUAUUCAGGGUGGGGCAAUACAAUUUUAUUUCAUGUGGUGGACACGGCCCCAACCACGUACUUCCUGUUCUCGCCGCCAUCAUCCUCCUCCUGCUCCUGGCUGUCGCUGCUGUUGUGUACUCCAGGUGUCACCUGAACAUCAAACUCUGGUACAAGAAUUCAUAUGGAGACUAUGAACUCAGUGAUGGAAAAUUAUUUGACGCCUACAUCUCCUAUGUGAACAAUGACCACGACAGGAAGUUUGUUAACUUCAUUCUUAAACCUCACCUGGAGAAUAAAAAUGUGUACAAAGUGCACCUCAAUGACAACGCAAUCCUACCUGGCUCAGAACCUUCUGCAGAGCUGUUGAUGAACUUGAGUCGCUCUCGGCGUCUGAUCGUGUUGCUCUCUCAUGCUUACCUUGAGCAGGACUGGUGCUGCAAUAACUUCAGACAGGGUCUUCUGCACCUGUUGGAGUUGUGUCAGCAGCCAAUCCUCAUCCUGUUGGAGGGUCAGUCUAAACGCAUGAGGCCUGAGAUCAAACAGCUGCUCAGUGAUCACCAGCACCGCCUCACCAUACUCACCUGGAAGCACAACUCUGUGACUCCUUCCUCAAUCUUCUGGAAGGAGCUGGCCUUAGCGAUGCCUCGUAGAGUCUUCUUCCGAAACUCGUCUGCCUGCGAACCUCAGACCUUGCUACACAAUGACAAGGACCCCAUGCUGACCCUCGACUCUAACUACCGGGACUCAAACUCAGACACUGACCCUGCUGGAGAUCUGGGGCUUCGCCUUCCCAUGUACAAGGCUCUGGCCUCUAAAGCUCCUGUCUUGCCCGUCGCUCACAUCCCUGCAGUCGAACCCAAACCCACGGACAUCGACGUGUCGGACCUGGGAUCACGCAACUAUGGAGCACGCUCAGACUUCUACUGUCUGGUCACUGAGGAGGACAUUUGAUCAAAACCCCCCACUUCUACUGAUCUCUUACAAUGAACUCUACUUGUGCAUUGCUUUAUUGUUACCUAAGUCAAUAUGGGAAAUAUGUGUGUCUUUUAAAGUGUUGUGUUUAAUCAAACAGUUACUUCUUUUACCUUGUUUUUUGUAUUUACCGAAAAUGUUUAAGAUUUUUAUAUUUUUGUUUACUGUUGUAAAAUACAAAAUGACAAACUGUACAAGUUAUUAUCUGCUGUAUUUGUGUGAUUCAGGGAUAGAAGUUUCAUUUCACUGCUUUGAUCGCUCAUAAAGUCACCAGCAGAGGGCCGAGUAUUGUCAGAUAAAUUGAAGGGAUUUUGCCUUUCAAGCAGUUUUUUGAAAGAUGACAGCUGAUGGUAGACAGAGAUUGGGGAUAGAGAAAAAAUAAAUGUAGCAAAGUCUUUAAUUAUAACCCAUGACAUGUCUCUGUGCAUGUCACCUGAAGCAGGGCAAUGCUCAUGACUGAUAUUUCUGUACAUAUGGGAGCUUUGUGUGUUUAAUGUAAAAACAAUAACAACACAGCAAUAAUGCUAAUAAAGCAGUUUGACAAAAA